AUGGAUCCUGGCAAGUCCGCGGAUGGCCGGAAGAUGUACUUCCGAACGCUGGAUGAUUCCAUGAGGGAGCAGGGUGUCGUGGACAGUGGUGUCAGUUUGGCUCCUGACGGCGUGUCGCUGUCUUCAUUGGGCAUCGGCUCAAGCAGUCGUGCUCGAUUGACUGGCCCAGAGGUGCAAGCUGCCGAACCUUCAGAGGCCGUGACUCGGGCGGAGGACACCGCAGCCGGCAGAAAGGCGCCGUGCGCCGGCAGCUCUGGCGCCGCGCAGCGAAACCUGCGCCGAGCCCGGCGCCGCGCAGCGCGGCGCGGGGAGGUGCCAGGAACCGACCCAGAGCCUGGAGGUUGCAUAGUGCUCAUCCGGGACGACUGUCGCUUGCACGACAAUCCUGCACUGCACACGGCCGCUACGAUGCACCCUUGGGUGGUUCCCCUAUAUGUGCACGACGACGCAGAUCCCUCCCCGUGGCCGGUGCGCGGCGCUGGCUUGUGGUGGCGUCACGAAUCCCUGAAGCACUUCGACAGCUCCUUGCAUUCGCUGGGAAGCAAAAUCGUCUACCGGAAGGGAAGGCUGGUCGAGCAGGUGAUGGAUGUUUUGCUCACAACCGGGGCGACGGCACUUCACUUCAAUCUGCAGCUGGAGCCAUGGCAUCACGAGCGGGACCAGGAGCUCGAGUGUGCAGCCGUGGAGAGCCUCGGCGUCGAUGUGCGGACCUUCACCGCGCUGGUCAUGAAGUUCGAGCCCUGGGAGGCGCGCCGCUCAAAAGAGGAAGGCCCGAGACAGCGGAGGGACCCCUUUGAGGCUGUGCGCCGCCUGGGCAGCCCGCCCGAAUGGCCCUGGUCGCUACCGCUGGACGCUCUCGGAUAUGGCCGCACAGGUGGCCGGAAGAUUCCACCCAACUUCCGGCAGUUCAACGAGAAGAGGCAAGCCAUGCUGACAGCUGGCUUUGCUGUGUUGGAGGAGGACGAUUGGGCCUACGAGAUGCGCAAGUUCUGGCCCAUGGGGGAGGCGGCCGCCAUGAGACGCCUCGAGGAGUGGCUGAAGGAUGCUGCCUGGGGCUGCUACUUCCCACCAGGACUUCACCCACGUGAUGAGGCCGGUGGCCGCUUCCGGGCAGACAAGGCUUGGACGGCGAUGCUGAGUCCUUACAUCCGCUUUGGCGACCUUUCCGCCAGAUACGUGGAGUGGCGCACAUGCCAGGUCCUUUCGCAGGAGUUGCGCCAGCUGUUCUUGAAGCGUGUGGUGUGGCGAGACAAGGCCUACUCUCAACUCUACCGCUGUCCGGAUUCUCAUUCGGUCAGCAUCCGUCCUCAGUAUGAGCAAGAAGCCUGGAGUGGUACUCGACUGCAGCUUCGGCGAUGGCAGCGGGGCGAGACAGGCUAUCCGCUGGUCGAUGCAGCCAUGCGCCAGCUCUGGAAAGUGGGUUGGAUGUGCAACCAUCUGCGCCACGUGACAGCUCAAUUCCUGAUCGAGCACUUAGAUCUGAGCUGGAAGGAAGGCUUCGCCUGGUAUGAUUACACCUUGGUGGACACCGACGUCGCCAUCAAUGCGAUGAUGUGGCAGAUGGGCGGCCACUCCGGGAUCGGCUCCUGGAACUUCGUGAUGCAUCCGAUCUAUGCGGGCAAGAAGGUGGAUCCGGAAGGGAACUAUGUCCGUCGUUGGCUGCCAGAGCUUCGAAACCUGCCCACGGAGUACAUCCACUGUCCUUGGGAGGCACCAACGGGCACCCGGAUUUCCGCCCAAGUGCUCAUCAACGGCGUGUACUGGCAGCGCGUCAUCGAAGACCUCAUUGCCGCGAGGCUUGCGCACCAGAGGAAUGUGAUUGCUGUGCGCAAGCGCUUCCCUCAGUAUGUUGAAAAG